GCCCCGGCUGCUGGAGGCGCAAGCGGGAACCUCCCAGAGGAACGGCAGCCGGGUCCCACUUCUUCUUUCUCGCUCGGAGGGGUCAGGUAUUCAGCGAGCCUCCAUCCUUCUACUCCCCAGUGGGUGCUCCAAGCUGCUAGAUCUCAGUGAGAUUCUCUCCCUCCCCCGCUAGGAUUCCGGCUGGGUGCUCUUGGCAGGCACCCUACUGGUUUCUUUCCCCGCGGUGAGAGCGGCCACUUUCUUUACCUUUACCCUGGGCAAAAGAUCCCGAGGAGGCUCUCCUCUCCUCCAGCAGCAGCUGCUGAGUGCUAGACCUCCCUCCCCUCCCCAACCCUGAAGGGGGGCCCUCGGUGCCAAUGUGCCCCAAUCUGACCCCCGGCUCCCCAAAAAGUCUGCCCCGGGACUGCAGCAACAUCACUUCCCUGCUGACAGACAGCAACCCGACCUUGAGUUCCUUCAUGUUCGCCGCCGGGGUGGUGGGCAACGUGGCAGCCCUGGCCAUCUUGGGGGUCCACCGGAAAGAGCAGCGCGCCAAGACCUCCUCCUUCUGCAUCCUGGUGACCGGCCUGGCGGUCACCGACCUGGCGGGGACCUGCGUGGUGUCUCCCGUGGUCUUCGUGGCCUACUCCUGCAACUCCACCCUGGUGGGCAUGGUGGGGGGCCAGGACUGGCUCUGCAACCUCUUUGCCUUCUCCAUGAUGUUCUUCAGCCUGGCUGCCAUGUUUGUCCUCUGCGCCAUGGCCGUGGAGCGGUGCCUAGCCAUCAGCUACCCCUACUUCUACUCUCAGCAUCACAUCCGCAGGUGGGUCAAGCUCUCCCUGCCCGCCAUCUACGUCUUCAGCGCCCUGUUCUGCGCCUUGCCCUUCCUGAAGGUGGGCAAAUACAAGCAGUACUGCCCAGGGACCUGGUGUUUCGUCCAGAUGGACAAGGAAAUGGUCCUGGGCUAUGGCGUCGCCUUCUCCUUGUCCUACGCCACCGUCAUGGCCCUCCUGAUCGCCGCCAUCUUCCUCUGCAACGGCUUGGUCAUCCUCAGCCUGUGCCAGAUGUACCAGAAGCAGAAGCAGCGCCGGAGGGGCUCCAUCAACGUGGGCCAGCGCCGCCGGAAGAGCUGGUUCAGCCGAGGGGAGGAAGAGGUGGACUACCUGAUCUUGCUCGCCCUCAUGACGGUCAUCUUCGUCAUCUGCUCAUUGCCCCUCACGAUCCGAGCCUAUAUUGGGGGCAUCGAUCCGGACCACAGGGAGGCGGACGACAUGAUUGCCUUCCGCCUGAGCGCGCUCAACCCCAUUGUGGACCCCUGGCUCUUCAUCAUCUUCCGCCACGCCGUCUUCCGCAGCGUCCGCAGCUUCUUCUGCUGCCAGAUCAGCUGGCCCUGCUGGUUUAGGCCACCGAAAGGGACGACCACGCUUGGAACUCAGGACAGCCUCCCGUGCCAAGCCCAGUCGGUCUGCUGAGAAGGCCGCUGCCCGGACUGUGGAACUCCGGCAGGGGCUCCUUGGCAGGGGGAAGGGGACAAGUGGGGAGGGCCUGGGGAGGUGUCUGGGAAGGACCCCCUCCGCCAUCUCCAAGGGUCCAGGAAUCAAUGGGAGGAGAAGCAUCAUCUUCUUGGGAAGGCUGAUGAAUGGCUGAGAAAUGCUUUGGGUACCUCUUUCUCCCAGGAGAAGGUUAACACUUCUGGUGCAAGAAAGGGGAGACCGAUUCUGCCUCCCAAGGGGGAAAAUGAGAGGGAGGAGGGGAAGAGGCUGGGAGAAAGACAAGUGGGCAAUGCUGGGGUGCAGUGUGGGGUUUGCCUUGUAUUGUUUCAGAUGCCACACCCUCCCGUGCCCGCAUGCAGUGCCUGGCUAGUGAGGCUGGUCAAAGGUUGACUUACCUUUUGGGUAGCGCAGAGCAUGCAGGAUGCUGCUGGCCACAACGAAGAGUUCCUGAGAAUCUGAAAAGGUCUUGAAUAAAUAAAGGAAGCACUGAAAAUAAAUAUAAACCAAUAUAUCUAACUUGAGCUUCUUCCUUAGAUUUUUAAACCACUGCAUCUUCUGACUCUCGGCAGUUUGCAGAAGUGGGAACCUCUGCAAUGCCACAUCGUAAACUCAAAUAGCGAAACGGCAAAAA